CGGAAGCGGAAGCGCCGGGGGGGGGGGUGCCGAGGAAGGAGUCGCGGGGUGGCUCACUGCCUCCAGUGUGAAGUUUUCUCCGCGGCGGGCUGGGUUCACGUGACAAGUUAUCUCUGGAGUUCAAGUGUGAGUUGAAACCAGCCUCAAGUUUCACCUGUCCUCACUGACCCGUGGAUUUGUGUGACCAGGUGAGCACCAUGUGGAGCUUGUAACAACAGGUGUCAGCAGCCUCAGCUGGCAGAACUGCUACUAGGCCUUCCCUGUGCUCAGGUGUAAACACAAGGAGCCACUAAGAGUGAGGGCAUCUUAAAAAAAAAAAGAUUUAUCUUUGAUGGAUUAUAUUCAAGGGAAAGAUAGUAAGGUGUGUGGUGAUGUGAGUGUAAAUAAGUAAAUACAGUUAUGUGCAAAUAAAUACACAUUAAACAAACAUGUAAAUAACUAUAAAUAAGUGACAGAAAUAUAGAUUUACUUGCAUUCCAUAAUACUAAAAAUUUUAGGUUUUUAUAUAUAAGUAUAAAUAUAUAAAUUUUUUAUGUAUAUAUCAGGAUUACUCAGCAACCUUCCCCAGGCCCAGUUCAGUUUGACUUCUAAAACCCUAUAAAUCUUCCACUAAGGUUCAAAAUACAGGGGUACAUGAGGGAAAAAUAAUUUGAACUUCUUCAUAUUGGCAACAGAAAUUUAAAAUUGUAUUGACCAGCAACCAGAUGUAUUUUCUGUUUACAAGUGUUUUCUAUUUUGUUUUGUUUCUUGAUUUGUUUUUUGUUUGUUUUAUUUUUUCUUCAUGAUAUUGAAAAUCACUUGGAGGAAUACUAAGCAACAACUUGUAGAUUGAAGUGUAGGGCAGUAGUUUCCAAAGAUUGUACUCUACAACUUGCCUUCUAAUAAGAAUUACCUUUGUUUCUCUAAACUUUUAUGAAAUAACAGUCUGGUGAUUCAUAUUACAGAGAAUCAUUUUGAGUAAUUUUAUAUUGUUGGGUUUUAUCAAUUGUGUGUGUGUGUGUGUGUGUGUGUGUGUGCACGCAUCUUUUUUGUUCUAUCUUUCCUGUAACAUUCUUAAGGGGAAUGCUUGCUUGUCAUGCAAUAGAUAUUCUUCAAGUGCACAAUUUAUAGUGACCAACCAUCCUCUUUUAUUCAGGACUGAGAGGUUUGCCAGGACACGGGAUAUUUUGGGUUCAAAUUAGGAUUAGGACUCUAGGUAAACCAGGAUGGCUCGUCCUCUCCAUGAAUCAGGCCUAGGACCAGAUGUAUAGGGACCCUGGAGAACCAAACAGACUUUGUCCUGCCUCUGUGAGAUUUAUAUUCUAAUAAGGAAUUUGGAUUUUAAACAAUUAAUGACAAGAGCGAUGGGGGAGGUUGGCACAGGAGAACUCAACCUGAGGUUAACAGGGAAGCCCUCCUGAGAAGAACUGAUAUUUAUAAAAGAGCUAAAGUUGGGAGUGGAUUUAGCUAGGCAUGGGGUUCAACAGAGCAGUGCAGGCAGAGGGAGCUGCAUGUGGACGGCCCGUGAGGCAGAGAGCCUGGUGUGCUUCAUGGCCCGAGAAGACGGGAUGGCUGAGGUAAGCCGGUCGAGGGUUGAGGGGCACGAGCCAGACUGAAAUGGUGAGCGGGCAGGGUCAGGCCAGGCAUUAUUGUGGACACUGUUCUAAGACAGGGGGAAGACACCGAAGAGGUGUGAGCAGCAGAAUGAUUGGACCGUGCACGUGGGUUAAAACGGACUUCAGGAUUACGAAUGAAGACUUCAGCGGCAAGGUGUUAGGGAGGCUCAGGGAGUGAGAUGAUUAUUCCCUAAGCCUGGAUGAUGGCUGUAGAGUUGGAAAUGCUACUAAAAAUUCAUUUCCUCAGUCCUACAAGCCACAUUUCAAGGAGCCACAUGUGAUUAGUAGCUACCAUGUUGGACAGAGCAGUAUAGAACAUUUCUUUCUUUCUUUUUUAAAAAAAAAUUCAUUCAAUUUAAAAUUAAAAACCCAGUUCACUCAUUUCUCCUACCCCAUCCCCCACCUCCUGCAGCCACCCGUCUCUUCUUGAUCUCUGUGAGCUUGUUGUUGUUGCUGUUGUUCUUUAGCUUGUGCAUAUAAGAGAGAUCAUAUGGCAUUUGUCUUUCUCUGAUUUAUUUCAUUUAGCAUCAUGCCCUCGGGGUCCAUCCAUGUGUGGCAGAUGACAAGAUUUCCUUCUUUUUUAUGGCCGAAUAAUAUUCCACUCUAUAUAUACCACAGUUUCUGUAUCCAUUCCUUCACUGAUGGAUCCUUAGGUUGUUUCCAUAUCUUGCUAUUGUAAAUAAUGCUGCAGUGAACAUGGAGAUAGGUAGAUAGAUAGAUAGAUAGAUCUUUUUGAAUAGUGUUUUCAUUUUCUUCUGAUAAAUACCCAGAAGUAGAAUGGCUGGAUCAUACAGUAGGUCUAUUUAAAAAUUUUGAGGAACCUCCAUGCUGUUUUCCAGAGUGGUUGCACUGGCUUACAUUUCUAACAGUGCACAGUGGUUCUCUUUUCUCCACAUCCUUACCAGCACUUAUUUCUUGUCUUUUGCAUAGUAGUCAUUCUAACAGGAGGGAGGUGAUAUCUCAUUGCAGUUUUGAUUUGCAUUUCCCUGAUGAUUAAUGAUGUUGAGGAAGUCAGCACCAGGAGCCAGGGGCUCAGUCUGGGUGGCCUGUGCCAACAAGGGCUUUGUGACAUGAGCCUCCUGGAGACGCCAUGGGUGUUUGAGAUCUACUACCUUGAACAGAACGUAUCCCAGUAAAUAUCAGUAAUUAUGUCCUAUGGGCCAUGAGGCAUUCUGAUCCAAGGUCUGGAAAGUCAAAAAACAAAAGGAGAUCAUCUUUCAGAGGGACUUAAUGCCCUUUUCUCUUACCCUGAUUACUAACUUCUCCAGUAAAAUGCAGAAACUGCGUUAAUGCUCUGUGCGUACUUUGCAAGGGAGACUAUGCUUCCAAAGCAUUAAAUUUACCACCAUGCCCAUGUCCUCAGAAGAGGGUUAGGCAACAUACAGUUUGUUUCCAUGGGGCGUCUCUGUCCUUAGCAGUUACGUUUGUGGUUAACUCUGGGCAUGUCAACAGGUGCCCUUGCCGUGGAGAAUGGUGAUAGCAGGGCUGCUGAUCUUUGUGAUGGAAUUUCAGCUUUGUUUUCUCUCCUAUGUGUGAGGACAUCUGCCUGCCCAGUGUGUGUCCCUUCUAGCUGUUUCAUCUCAAGUGUCCUUCCCUUUUUGUCUCUUUCUCUAUCAUUUAGCCAAAAUAUGGAAUAAAACAUUUUAUGGCAAUAAUUUUGUGUAUCUGAGUAGUACAUCAGGGACAGUUGCCCUUAAAUGACAUGACUGGGCCAUUCUCCCUAAUGCUGUGCCCUCUGUUUAGGUGGCUUUGGAAGAACUACCAAUACAUCCUGGUAUUUCUUUUUGCCAUUGAGGAAAUCAAUAAGGACUCCCAUCUGCUCCCCAAUCUGUCUUGGGUUUCAACCUCUACAAUGCCUUUCCCAGUGACCAAAGGACCUUGGAAAGUGCCCUGUUUUGGCUCUCUGGAGGAAAUCAGACUCUCCCUAACUACAACUGCCAGGGACAGAGAAAAUCUGUGGCCAUUGUUACAGGAACCGCACUGGCAUUUUCAGCCGAGAUUGGAACAGUUCUGGAGCUCUACAGAAGCCCACAGGUCACGUAUGGUCCUUUUCAUCCCAUCCUGAGUGAUAAAGACCAGUUCCCAUCGCUCUAUCAGAUGGCCACCACAGACAGCUCCCUGGCUCAAGGAAUGAUCUGGUUAUUGCUGCAUUUUGGCUGGACCUGGGUUGCGAUAUUUGUAUCUGAUGAUUUGAAAGGCGAGCAGUUCCUCUGGUAUCUGAAAGCAGAGAUGGUAAAGAAAGGUAUCUCUGUGGCCUUUACAGAAAAUCUCCCUGCUACUAAGAAAAUGUAUGGACUGAGUGAUGUGACUUUCAUGUCCAGAAUAAGAGUCUCAGCUGCAAAUGUGCAUAUAAUGUGUGGUGAUACAGGGAGCCUUAUGACCCUAGGCAUGACAGGAGAAUUUUAUUUAACCUCAGGGAAUGUGUGGAUCAUGGCAGCAAAGUGGGACAUUGUUACGUACGAGACAGACUGCAUGCUUCACUCUUUCCGUGGGAGCCUCUCAUUUUCACAACAGAAGAGGGAAAUCCCUGGUUUUCAAAACUUUCUCAGGACAGUUAACCCCUUCAAAUACCCAAGAAGACUUUUACUUCAGUAGAUUCUGGUUUGACAUACUUGAUUGUUCACUUGCUGGAUCUCAUUGUGGAAAACUCAGAGACUGCCCACCUAGUUCUUCCGUAGAGUUUAUGCCAGUAAAUAUUGACAUGAUGACCAUGUCUGUCACCAGCUAUUUCGUCUAUAAUGCUGUGUAUGCAGUGGCCCAAGGGUUCCAUGAAAUGCUUUUGGUGAAAACGGAAAUGGGAUCUCCAGGACGUAGAGGCCAACCUAUUCUUCUUCCUUGGCAGGUAAAUGCCCUCCAGAAGCAGGGCCUGCAUUGAUCACCUGAUGGCAUCUGGAGGUACUAUACUGAGAUAUAACAUCAUGACCAUUCUUUUGUCUCAAGAUCAACAGAAUCAAACAAAAUGGAUGGAGCUAGUUAUAGGCAUGUCUGCAGUCGUUACAGCUAUUUGCAGAUUUCUGCCAUUGGGAGCUUCAAAUACAAAUUAUUUAAUUAGAAAGUGUAUCAGGGAACUUCCCUGGCGGUCCAGUGGUUAAGACUCUGGCCUCCCAAUGCUGGGGGCACGGUUUCAAUCCCUGGUCAGGGAACUAAGCCCCACAUGCCUCAUGGCAUGGUCAAAAAAGAAAACAAAAAUAAUAAUAAUAACAACAAUAGAGGCUGCCUCUAUCUGGUGCUAGUCCAUAAAAUAUAAUAAAUUAAAAAAAAGAAAUUGUAUCAAAAAUGUAUUUUCUAAUGUAGGAUGAAAUACUGUAAAAUAUCCAGAGACAACUCAUGAUGAAACAGAGGGCUAUCAAAAUUGGCCAAAUCGGGACUUCCCUGGUCCAGUGGUUAAGACUUUGCCUUCCAAUGCAGGGGGUGCAGGUUCAAUCCCUCGUCGGGGAGCUAAGAUCCCACGUACCUUUGGACCAACAAAACAAAACAUAAGAUAGAAGCAAUAUUGUAACAAAUUCAAUAAAGACUUUAAAAAUGGUCCACAUCCGCAGUGGUUAAGAAUCCGCCUGCUAGUGCAGAGGACACAACCGGUCCUACACGGGCAAUUUAUGCUGUAAAUGUCGUACCUGGUGCCGCCGCUGCCAGCCCCGCCGUGGGGCCCCAGUGGGCUGUCUCCCGCUGGUUUUGCCCUCCUGGGAGGCUGCCACAUCUGACCGGAACCACCCUGCUGCUCCAACACCUGCCUUCUGCCCUAGUCGCAGGCUGUCCCACCGGGAUUGAGUGCCUUUAUUGCCUGGCUUUCACAUCGCGCUAAAAAUGCAGUAUCCCAUCCAGCAGGCCAGGUACUCCCGGCUGGGGAUGCUUCCUUUGGUGAGCUGGAGGGACUCGCCAAAGAAGCCCGUGCUGUCUGCUCAUAAUUCGAUCAUGGUCGGCCACUUGAGAGCCAUCAAGAGUCCUCCACUGGGGCACAAAUUUACCCUCCUGCAUUCACCAGCUGAGCAGGUAGUCAAGGUUAGGAAGCCGAUACCAUCCAGUCACCUCCCACUUCCUUCCCCAAAGGAGAGGGAGGUGAAGGUCCCAUCCCAUGCCAUGGUGUUCUCUGCCCCAACCGCAUGCUGCUCCCUGCUGCUGGAGAGGCCAACAAAAGAAGUGCUGGGUGAAGACCACCAGCCCAUAUCACCAGGCUCACUGAUGUCUGGGAAGGAGCUGCAGUGUGAAAAGUCUUCACACAUCCCAUCAAGAAGUUCCUCUUCCCUGCUAUCUACCAGCAGUAGGCCUUGCAAGCAGAAGAUUCCCCUGCCGCUUUUUCUGCCGCUGCCAGGGCUGAGGUCGCCCCCAUCGGGGAUUGAGGCACUGACAUGGGAUCGAGGUGAGCUGCCCCCUCCUCCUAAGCUUCCGUGCUUGGCUCUUGCCAAAAACCCAGGCACCUUGGAGAAGAAUACUGAGUGUCAGUGGAACAAGAUCCUGAAGAAUAUAAGGAAGGUCCAACCACUGUCCCAAGAAAAGGAACCCCCAACACCCAUUUGUGUAGAUUCUACCCCUCCUUUAUACUUACCUACCCCUCUUCCAAUCCUUACCAUCAAUCCCUCUAUUUUAAUUGCGCAGCCCAUGACUUCUAUGGCAAUCCCUUCCACCAGCAUGGUCACGGCAUCUGGAAGUUUGACUUGCAGCCUACUGUACAUCCUGAUGUCUACAUGGACACUACUGCCCCUUCCCAAGCUGUCAUUUUUAGAUAUCCCCCAGGUUUCAGGGUGGAGCAGAGGCACCCUGCAGGGGUACCAGUAUCCAUCACCCCACCUGUGCUGAUGGUCCCCUGCACCACCCCAAUUUUUAACCAUCCCUUUGGCCCCCAAACCAACCCUCAGCCCAUAUUUGGGACCUCUGAUGGGCAGCAGAGGGCCUCUCUCCCUGGUGCUCCUGCUUUCUCCAGCCGCCCAUUUACGGCUUCAGCUCCUGUUUUCUCCAACCCCCCAUUUAUGGCUUCAGGUCCUGUUUUCCCCAGACCCCCAUUUACAGCUUCGGCUCCUGUUUUCCCCAGACCCGCAUUUACGGCUUCAGCCAUCAUCAGUGCUUCAGCAGGCAGCACCUCUGACACCGAACCUAUGGACACCACACCUCCUUCCCAGGCUGUCAUUUUCCAGUCUGCCCCUGUCUCCAGGCAGAGCCAAUAGCCAUUUCAC